AUGGCAACCGUCAGGCACGUCCUCUUUUCAGCACUUGUAGGGAGCGUUACUCUUGCGGCAGCGUACGUCGAAGAACUCGAUGACAGAUUUAAUGAGAUGCGUAAGAGUGAGCCCUGGCUAGUGGAAUUUUACGCACCAUGGUGUGACUACUGUAAAACAUUCGAUCCGAUAUGGUACGACCUCGCGGCCGAGAUGAAGAGUCAAGGCUCUCAUGUCAAUGUGGGCAAAAUGGACGCCACCAUCUACACCGAUGCUGUGACAGAGUUUAAUCUUCGUGGAUAUCCAUCUAUAAUCUUUAUAAAAGGAGAUAAGCAUUUUCACUACAACGGCCAGAGGACAAAAGAUGCCAUCCUUGAAUUCACCAACAGAGUAUCUGGUCCCUCUGUGCGAGUUCUGACCAGCGUACGGCUCUUCCAGCACGCCCUGAGCCACCAUCAGCUUUUCUUUGUUUACAUCGGAGGGAGGUCACCGCUUAAGGGCCAGUUUUAUAAAGUGGCAUCUGAAUUUGUGAUCCACAACUAUUUCUUCUCAGCCACCGUGGACGUUGUACCGCAGGCAGUCACGUUGCAAGACCUUCCUUCUGUUGUCGUGUUCAAAGAUGGAUCUUACGCCAUCUACAGUGAGGUACGUGAUGGGAAUCUUUCCUCCUGGGUGAACCGAGAACGUUUCCCUCGUUAUUUCCUGAUGGACAGCUUCUCGCUGUACCAGAUGGGCGAACGAACUAAACUUGUAGCUGUAGCUGUGGUGGACGAGAAAAACCCAUGUGUCGAAAGUAUUCGUUAUAAGGGCCUUGUGGAAAAGGUGGCCACAGAAUACAGUGACCAGUACAGCACGAACUUCCAGUUUGGCUAUGUGGAUGGAAACGACUACAUCAACGGCAUCAUAAUGGGCGAGUUGCCAGUGCCUUCUCUCAUUGUGAUGAACAUGUCCAUCGAUGGAUAUUAUCUCCCUGGACAUACAGUUCAGACCAUUGAAGAUCUUCUCCAGUUCCUCAACAGUAUCCUGACUGGAAAAUCUGAGUUGUUUGGAGGGAACGGAUUCCUGCAGAGGAUAAAGAGACUUUAUUAUCGUGCGAUGUCUGCUUUAAAGACGAGUUUCGCAUCAGCUCCCUUUGGUACAUGUUUUCUAAUUUCCUUGCCGUUGGUCGUGAUUGGAUUCAUCGUCAUGGGAAUCUGUACAGCCAAGCGAGUGGAUGAUGAAAAAGCAGGUGAUGGCACUCGUCCUGCAGUCGCUCACAAGAAGCGAGCAGCAGUGAAACACUCUGAAGCCAAGAAAAAAGAUUAACGUGACCACAAACAUGGCACAGUCCUGCUCCCCGACUGCCAUUACUUUAAACAUUUUACUGCUUUCUCUGCUCUCAAACACAUGCAUUAUCUCAGCAAGAGGCUGUUAGUGAGACAAAUUCAUUUAAUUAACUGUCUU